AGGCAGAAUAAAAGAGAAUUGGCAAACAUCGAUGAAUUGAACAAGUGGGUAACAGAAAAAGCCGAACUUAAAGCUAAAUUGGAAGAAACAAAAAUGAAAGUAAUUGAUUUAGAGAUUGAAUUAAAUGAAUCAUCCUUGAUACUUUCUGAAAUACUCAAAAUAUCUAAUGGAAAGGAUGUAAGUCAAAUCAAGAAAAGUAAGAGCUUUUUUGAAUUGCAAAAGAGUGGUAAGGUAGUGAGUAGGUUAGACAAAUGUAACAGAUAUUCAAGAAGUGCUAACGACCUGAACUUGACAGACAGAGAAGAUAAUAACGAUAGCACGAGAACAGUUGAAAAGCUAGUUAGAAAAAUUACUGAGCUUACCAAAGAGAUGAAUAUUAAAAACUCCAAAAUAAUAGAACAACAGCGAUGCAUAUCAAUUUUAGAGGAUGCUUUAAGAGAAAAUAACAAUAUAGCGGAAUUUGAGCAGCUUUUGGCUGUAGUCCGAAGUAAAGAUGAAAGAAUCACUGAAUUAGAAAUGAUACUGAAUAAAAAAUCCGGAGCAACGAUGGCUGGAUACAAAAACAAAAGAAUUUUGGAGUUAGAAGAAGCGUUAAAAGAAUCUUUUAUGAUUGCUGCCGAGAGGGAAAAAGUUUUUUAUGAAGAGGAACAAAGGAGAAUCGAAACUUUGCAUAAGAUGAAGAAAAUGGAACAGAGGAUCAGGUCUCUGCAGAACGCGUCAGCUCUAAACUGUGCCACGUGUGGGCCGCUGCUGAGGAGGCUGAAGCACCUGCAGGGCAGCCUGACUCACUGCCAGGAGGCCCGGCUGACGCAGUGGAGCGAAAUCACGAAGAUUGUGUGA